AAAUUGUAGUUUAAAGUAUACGUGGCGCAACAAUAUUCGAAACGAGGCGGGGAUUCCGUCGUAGAGGGGUUUCCUCGUUUGUGAAACGUGACCUCAAGCACAUGAACCAAAACAAACAUGCGGUUGUAUCGAUUACUCAGAGUGGCCCAAAGAUAUUCACACAGAAGAUGUUUUUGUUCAGCUACACAAUCCCAGCCUCCGGACCUGAAGAAGUAUCUGACAGCUCGUAUCGCAGCCAAUGGGCCGAUGUCUGUAGCAGAAUACAUGAAGGAGGUCCUUACAAACCCUAUUUCUGGGUACUACAUGCAUAAGAAUGUAAUUGGACGAGACGGUGACUUCAUCACUUCACCAGAAGUUAGUCAGAUGUUUGGGGAGCUGUUAGGAAUAUGGUGUAUCAAUGAGUGGGUGAAGGCGGGCAUGCCUCCAACCUUCCAGCUGGUGGAGCUGGGGCCAGGGCGGGGCACACUUGCUGACGACAUGCUCAGGACUUUUGCUCAGUUCCCUACCUUCGGAGAUAAAGUCAGUUUACACAUGGUAGAAAUAAGUCCCAAGUUGUCCCAGCAACAGGAGGAAAAGCUGACGGGCAAUCCUGGGACAGAGGUGGAGGCUGACGUCGGUAGUGCUGAACCUCCUUACAAAACCGUGAAGUCCAGACACGGACCAGAGGUCAAGUGGUACAAGGAUUUACGAGAAGUCCCCGAGGGGUUCUCCUGCUAUAUAGCACACGAGUUCUUUGAUGCACUACCUAUCUUCAAAUUUCAUAAAACGCAGGAAGGAUGGCGUGAGGUUUUGGUUGACCUAAACACUAGUAAAUCAAAUGAGGAUGAGGUAGCCACUAGUCAGUCGGACUCGGACUUCAGAUAUGUCAUCGCUGGUGGUCCAACCUUCCCUGCGAGAGCUUUUCUAAAGCAUAUACAGCCAGAGGACCCACGUAACCACCUGGAGGUGUCACCAGUGGGCGGAGUCGUCAUCUCGGAGUUGGCCAAAAGAAUAGCCGAGGAAGGAGGAUUUUCACUUAUCAUCGACUAUGGCCAUAAUGGUGACAAGACAGAUACAUUCAGGGCAUUUAAGAAUCAUAAACAACAUGAUGCACUUAAAGAUCCCGGGACGGCAGAUUUGACUGCUGAUGUUGACUUUUCCUACCUUCGGUCCAUGGCAGAAUCCAAAGUUAAAGUAUUUGGUCCAGUAACCCAGAAAGAUUUCCUUCACAACAUGGGGAUUCUUGCCAGGCUACAGAUGUUGAUGAAUAAUUGUAAAGAUGAAAAGAGAUCAAAGAUUUUACUUAGUGAAUACGAAAUGUUAACACACCCUGACAAGAUGGGAAGCCGAUUCCAAUUCCUGGCAUUGUUAAGCGGUGACGAUGAUGAUAAAGACUAUGUACCAUCGGGCUUUAUAAACCCAUCGGAACAUGAAGUGAACAACAGUGAAUAGAUGUAAAUUAAAUUGUGAUGCAAAGUUUUACUUAUCAUGAAAUAAAGUUCAUGCACUUGACUGGAAAUUUAA